AUGUCUUGUCAAAUAAAAGGAAUUGCAAAUUUAACUAAUACAAAUAAUAUCAAGGAGUUACUUUUUGGAGAUUCUACCACAAAGUUUGACAUUCCACAAAAUGAGUUGCCACUUCAGGAUUGUUUCAUAUCAUUAUCAUCGACUGGAGAUGUUCUUACUAUGGCAUAUAAUACAAAGAUGAUUAUAUUAAUUUCAAGGUGGGAUUCUUUAGAAGUGGAGGAGACAAAGAACAAAUUUCAUAUGAUAUGGUAUGGUGAAAUAACAAAAGAACCAAAUGAAUGGAUAACAUCUGUAAUAUGUUUGCCUUUAUUAUCAUUGGGGAAAGUUAGCAGUGGCACUAAUCCAGAUUGGACAUGUAUUAUAGUUGGCUUUAAUACCGGUUAUGUUAGAUUUUAUACUGAAACAGGUGCAUUAUUAUUAGGAGAGCAACUACAUAGUGAGCCAGUAGUAGGAUUAAAAUGUCAAUCAUUUCGUUCACCUAAACAUGCAGGUGAUGCUGGUUUAGCUGAAGAAGUACAUAUAACUUACAAUACUGUUGUAUGUGUCUUACAAGGUUUCUCUUUGUUUUCAACAUUAAGAGCUUGUAGAAAUCAUUUAGCUAGAGUACAAGCAAAUUGUGAUGAUUUACCACCAGUUACGAAUUUAUCAUAUAAGAAGUGGGGCUAUAAAAGUCAGGAUAUUGUCAAUGAUUCAGAAGUGAUUGGCACUACUUCUGUGAAUAGUUUUGAUCAUUUAAUGAUAGCUUCUAUUUGUGGUGGAUAUAACGCAUCUUACAGAUCUAGUGCUCCUCAACAUAAUUUGGUUAUUGCAACGGGUAAACGACCGUUCGUUGGUUUUCACUAUGCAUUAGAAGGUGGUUCAGCACCGGUGCUAUCGGAUGUUGCAAUCGCAAUGGCCAACAAGUUAGCGAAUGCUAUAGGAACCGCUGUUCCUUGGCUUCCUCUUAAUUGGGGCAACUCGAAACAUCAACCAUCCCUUGAAAUGGCGAAGACUAAUGUUCAUGAACCAGUUGAGCCAAUGACUUGUAGGUUUGGUUUGAGCGAUAUAACUCGAGAGGGUUACUCGAUAGUAUCUAGCCCGAAUAAAAUGUUAUCCGUGAUAUUAGAUGCAAUGGGUAGAGUGAUAUUAGUAGAUAAUAGAUGUGGUAUAGCGAUUAGAAUGUGGAAGGGUUACCGGGAUGCUCAAUGUGGAUGGAUUGAAGUAGAGGAAGAAAAACACCCCGGAAUGCGCAAGGAGUUCAAUAAAUUUAAACAAACAUCACAGUUACGUUCAGCACUAUUCUUAGUUAUUUAUGCUCCGAAAAAGGGGGUAAUAGAUAUUUGGAGCACUCAACAAGGCCCUAAGAUUACUACAUUUACAGCAAGUAAACACGGGCGACUACUAUAUAUCAAUUAUGGACUUUUUGGAAUAAACGAUAAUGUAUAUCUAUCAAAAAAUAAACCACAAUAUUCUUGCGUUUUUAUGGAUCCGCUUGGGGGAUUAAAAGAAAUAACAGUUCCAUUUCAUUUUGCUCUUAAUAAUAAAAGUGGGAAAAAGGCUCGUGAUAUACAUUUGCUUAAGAAAUUAAAAACGUUCUUACGAGAAGAAGAAUUCGAUGACGAGAAAUUAGUGUCAGAAAUUGAGAAUAUGUGUUCCGAUUUAAAAACUAAUGAAAUUAGAAUACAAACAAUAGAAAUGUUAAUGUCGAAUAAAAAUAUUAUACCUGAUGCUUUGCUUGUAGCAGCAAAUUGUUUCAUUAAAAAAUUAAACGAAUACGACAAAGAAGAGAUGGAACCUACAGCUAAAACAGUUUACUUAUUAUCAUCACAGUUGCAACAAGUCAUUCAAUUUUAUAAACAUAUUAAACUUCAGUUUGAUGCUUCGAUAUAUGACAGUAGUACCGUUAGUGAUAAUGAUAAUGAUUUGAACAAUAGAGACUUAGCCGCUAUUUUACUAACGUCUGAAAAAGAAGUGAAUAGAAUUUUCGAAUUGUUUAACUCGGUGAAUAGUUUUAAAUGUUCUAAUGUUAAAACAGAAAAUAAAGUAAAAUUCAAAGAAGAUAAUAAACUUUUCUUGGACUUUUUGUCAUGUUUUGAAUUUGGAGCUUCGGGAUUGAUAGAUAUGAAAAAAGGCAUAGAAACAGAAAGGAAAUAUCAAAUUUCUCAGUUAAUGUAUCACGGAUGUAUGCAUUUGAAUGACAACAUUGCAACAUGGAAAGAAGCUGCUACAAGCAGUAAUAUACAGCCAUUUGUUUUAAUGGAAUUAGCUUUAAUUUACUGGCUUAAUCAGGAAAAGCAUACAUAUUUAAGGGAUGAAUUAAAACAGUUUACACAACUCGUAAUUGCAAUUUGUUCAAUAACCAAUAUCGAAAAAAUAUGUGCAGAAAAUAAUGAAACAUCUCUAUGGUGGAAAAAUGUUCGUAAUAUUCUUUCGGAAUCAAUGAAUCCAUUUAAUUCACUUUGUGCUGCUGUAAUGUGCAGGGCUGUUGCUAUGUGUUUAGAGAAGUAUAAAGAAAAAUGUAUCAGUAAAACUCAAGAUGAUAAUGGUAAUGAGGAGAAAGAAGAUAUCAAAGAUGAAACUGAUUUAGACGAAGUAAAUCGAUUAAAAGAUUCUAUUAUGAGUAAUUUGAAGGUGGAUGACGAUAUAUAUAAUUUAACAAACGAGUGGGAAAAUGUUACUAAUGAUAGUUGUCAAUUCACGUUGCUUAUUGGUAAUCUUGAGGAUAUUACAAUUUUAGAUGCUAUUGUAAGCCAGCAGCCUCUAUCAGAUACAACAACACAGUUUCUUGCAUUGCCAUUUACAAAAUUUAAUAUUUCUUUAAGCUCAGUUCUCUCAAAGGGAAAAGGUUCUGUGUCAGAAAUUGUUGCAAAAUGGAUUGUUUCUACUGGUAUUGACCCAGCUCUACUAGUAGAUACAACGGACACCGAGUUUGAUCAGAUGAAAUUAACAAAUAAUUCUUUUGAUAGAUUAAAUAUGUCAGAUGAAACUAGUAGUGCUGGUUUGAAACAAGAUUCAGAAACGUCAAUCUCAGUACCUAUUGAAACCGAAAAGGAAGUGAAAACUGACACAACUGCUUGUACAUGCAUUUUAGAAAGGAUUAAAUUAUUGAAACGUCAUUUUCCAUAUAGUUUGACAAGUAGUGUUCUAUUAGCGAAUGUGUGUUGGGAAUUUGCAAUGUCAUGGAAUAAGGACAUUUCGCAACUAAACUCUCUCGAAGCUGCGUUAUCCGUUUUACAACAAAUACCACUGAAACACAUGAAACAUGGUGUAUGUUGUCUCUUAUGGUCAGUUCAUGUAAAAAAGCGAAUGGAAUCAGUUGCAAAAUUAAUUAACAAGCUUGGGAAAUUACCAAAGGAGAGGUUGUGUUUACAGGAGAUUGGUUUAUCCGAUGUACAAACAAUUACAUUUUUACAAAACUGUGUUGCAUUUUUAGAAAUAUUUGUUGAUUCUGAAGUACUUGAAGCAGGUGAAAAUACUAUAAUUAAGACAGAGGAAUUAUGGGAGGGAUGUAAUUCUGGUCCACAACCAUUUGCAGCAUUAGCUAUUUUUCAAACACCUGCUUGGUAUGAUUUAAUAAUGUUACAUGUACAGUUAGCUAACGUCUUGUACAUGAUGGCACAUUUUAAUUUAAAAGUAACAAAACCAUUGAAUAAUCUGUUUGAAUCUGUGGUGCAACCAUAUUUUUUUCAAACAAUGACAGAUAAAGUAAUGCUUACAUGGUAUAGAGAUGACAAAAGAGAUAAUUUAAGAACAGAAUUUUUAUGUCGAGUUAUUUCUGCGUCAAUGGAUUUUAUUCACCAAGAAAUAGUAGAUGGUAACAUAAGUUCCACUCAAGCUAUUCAAUGGAUGAGUAAAUGUCAAACAUUAGCAUCUAUUUGGAAAAUUAACAAUGAUCAAUUAAGGAUACAUCAAGUUUGUCAAUUAUACGUGAACGGUUUUGACCGAUUAGCGGAUGAGGUUGUUGCAGCUGUAAAUGAUACCGAGAGAUUAGCAGCUGAUCUUUUGCCAAUAGCUGGAAGACGAAUGAUGGCAUAUCUUUCAAAAACUCCUGAUCUAUUAGAGGAAGUUUCCCGUAUAAGUCCUACGCUAACUAAAUAUCUAGAAAGUUUAAAUGUAACCGAGGUGAUUUGUACAAAUUGUUCAAACGAUGAUACUGUUGAAUUAAUACGAAGAGUUUCUAGACAUUUGCCCGAAGACCAUUCUGAAUAUCGUCUUGCGCAGUUGAUGUUAGAUGCGACGUUUAUUUAUGAGGGUACAACAUGAUAUUCGAACAUGUACCAUUAAUAUGUAGUAGAGAAUAAGUUCAAUAAAUUUGUUUGUGCUUC